AUGUUUGAAAAUAGAAUUCAAAACAUGACCAGAAAAUUAAAUAAUGUAGCAGAUCAAUUGAAUGACAUAGCAUCAGAAAAUAGAAAAGAUUUUGGAUUGGUAGGUUUACUCUUUUGCUUAGACGAACUUACACAACAGCUAGAAAAUUUAGAAGAAGCUAUUGUUUUGGCCCAACAUGGCAUCCCGAGUAGCAGAAUCAUCACCGCUGCGGAGAUGACGAAGAUCCAAAGUCUCCUGGAAGGAAGUGGUCUCAUCGUAGGAGCCCUAGAUUUCGCUAGUGCUUACGUCGUGUCAUCAAAGGAAUCAAUUGCCUACAUCUUGAAGAUUCCAAGGAUCAAGGAUGCGGAAUAUAGUCUCAACUACAUUGAACCGGUAACAUUCAACAACUCACGCAUUCACAUAUCAACAAACUAUUAUCUGCAAGGACAGACAUCAUUUGCCUUAAAAUCAUUAUGCACGAUGAGCAGAAAUAUUUACAUCUGUUCAAACUCACAACUGGAGCCAAUGACAAGUUGUAUUCAACAGCUGAUGAAAGGUGAGCCAACCCAAUGCCCUAUGGAACGUACAUACACCAACAAUAUCAUUAAAAGAAUCGACGAUUCAAAUAUCAUAAUCAAUGAUGCGGAAGUAACAAUAACUUCGAACUGCUCAUUGAACAACAGAAAACUCAAGGGUUCUUUCCUUGUCCAGUUUUCCAACUGUACAAUUUUUAUCAACGACGAAAUGUACUCAAACGUUAACAAGGAGAUCCGGUUGGCAUCGUUCACACCAACCACGGGAUUGAAGGUAAAUUCUACAGCGCUGGUGAACAAAUUCCCUAUCGAAUAUUUACAGACAUUACAUUUGGAACAACGUGAUCAUAUCGAUCACAUCAACCUAAAGACGGACAAUAUACAUUGGAAGCUCAAGCUCAUCGGGUGGUCAUCGCUUGGUUUUGGCUUGUUAAUAUCAAUCAUUCUUAUCACAAAGGUAUCAUUCUGGAUCUGGAAAAUGACUGUACCGAGAUCAUCAACAUCCUGUCGGGAGGAACUUCAAGACCAUCGUAGCGAGGAGAUAACAACGGAACCGGAGAGGAGAGAGUACCCGAAGAUUUCAAUGGUGCCGCAGGCGUAA